UUGUAUUAAGAAAAUGUGUUACACGUAUGUUUCCCAGAAACUUACAAAAAGAAUGUUCACCAAUAAGCAAUGGAGAUGAUAGCAGCAAAAGUUUAUGUGAAAAUUUCUUCAACAACGAAGGUCUACAAGAAAAUUUUUCUGAUAUCAAAAGCUUGCUAGAGAAUUUUUCUGAUAGAAAUCAGCAUAUCAAUGAUAAUCUUGAAUGCAGUUUGUCUAUGACUUCAGAUACAUCUAGUAAUAAUGGCCAGGCAACAGAUACAGAAAAAUUCAAACAAGUUAUAGCAGAUAGCAGAAUUGAUUUUCAGCCACUAUCCGGAGAAUACGGCCCGUAUUUUAAAAAUUUUAUGAGAUACGGAGAAUUAUGGUUAAGUGAAAUGACCAACUUGAUUGAUCCACUUACCGUUAUUGGGCUAGUUACGGUUUGGCUCUAUAAUACACCUAAGCCACCCGAUUAUCAAUUUAAUGCCGGUGGAAAAUCAGGGACUGCAAACUGCGACAUCAUCACCCAAGUAAAUACACUCAACCUCCAAC